AUGGACCAGCAUCGGCCGCCGGGCCUUUCUGAUCUGUUGGAUCUGCGCCAAACCUUGCCGAGUGACUUCGACCUCAAGCGCCGCUUCACCUCACCCUCACCUCCGCCCGCCGAUGGGCGCGUCGACCUAGUCGCGUCCGCGGGCGUGCUGCCUGCCCCCUCUCCCAAGUCUCCACCCGCCCAUCCUCUCUGCCCGGCCCUGCCCGCCCUGCUCCCCGACCCUGCUCCCGUGCCCGGCUUCGCAACAGCCACGCCGACGCCGACGCUGGAGCACGCCCGGCCCGACUUGGGCAUCGCUGGACCCGUCGACGCCGCCCUCCCGUGCUGCAGUGUGUCUCUGCCCUCGUCGCCGCAGCUCAAGUCUGCCCCCAGUCUGCGCCUGCCGUCCUUUGACCUGCUGGGCAUCGCCGCCCCGCACCCCGACCGCUUCCAGCCUGACGCCGCCCGCUUCUUCGAGCCCGUAGGCGCCGGUCCUCUCUCCAAGCCAGACGAUCCGCUUCAUGCACGGAGCCCCGAGCCCACGCGCUGCUCCGACAUAGUCGACGCGCUCCCGCUGCCCAGUCCGCGCCUGCCCGCCAAAAGCCACCCGACGGGCGAGCAGCAGUUCACCACCCUGCCCACUCCGCCGCCCGACUUGGGCGCCAACUACUGGGGAAGCAUUUCCCAUGUCCGCGCUACCACCAUGGAAUCUCCAGCGAGGUCGGACCCGGAGAGGACGUCCCCUGGCAUUGUUCCCCAGCCUGUCGUUGCCCCUGCACCCGAGCCCUCAGAAGACCCACCCGCCGACGGCGCGCCGCGCCAGAACGAACGCACCUUCUCGUGGCUCGACGAAGCCUUGCAGACCAUCAUCGCUGAUCUGGGCGCCGUCACCGGAUCCAGCAGUUUCGUUAGGAUCCUCUCACAUGCUCUGCCUUGCCCCUCACCCAAGGGACAAGCUUCCACCCAAAUAAUCCAAGCCCUUCACGAAGCAAUACCGCCAGCAUCGACAGUAUGGAUCAACGUCUUCCACGCCGUCCCCGGACGGUUCAGCAUGGCUGAUCUGCCGACCUCACCACCAAGCACGCCAGGACCACCGGUAGGAGGGGACGACUACUUCACCACCAAGGUGUUUGAUAGCGCUGUUCAAGUCACGGACUACGAGGCCGAGGUGAAAGCUGCGCGAUCGCCGCGACCCGUGGUUCCGCCCGGCUCCGUGGACGUCUCCAUCGUCGAGCGCUACAUCCCGCCAACGAGUCCCUCGGAAUUCGCCGGCCUUUACUCCACGAGCGGAUCGCGAUCGCUGCUGCUGGACCGGCUGGCUGAGAUAUCACUUGACCAUGGGCACUUGUUGUUCAUCUACCCAACCAGAACAGGCGGUCGGGCAUUCAUGAACAGCUAUCUGGGACCCGUGCUGGACCCCAUUCUCCGCUCCAUGCACGUCGUUCACGACUUGUCUGCCGACCUAGGCUCGUCGUUGGGCCACAUGGCUGCGGUGGAGCACCUACACGAAUUCGACGAGAUGCAUCGGCGACUGGGCAUCUUCUUACAUCACCUGAACAACGGGCGAACAUCGGACCGCUUUAAGCUGGCAGGGUCCAAUUUUUCCAUCGUAUACGCGAAGAAACAGGAGGCGCGCAUUGCGAGAGACGUAUGGGCAAGCGAUUGGUGGAUCAAGCAGGAAAAGCCAAGGGUCCGCACUGCUGUGAGCAAGUAUUUCCGACUUGCGCACAAAUUACCGCCGGAGGACCGAGUGAUGCCCACGGCAUUGAUCCAGGAGCUCCUUGACGGCGUUGCAAUGAAGCCUUAUGAGUUCGGAGAGCCAGGCAAGGGGGUAGAAGUUGGAGUUUUCGUAAUAAGAAGGUCAAGGUAA